AUGCAUCCUAAUGCUGCUGCUUUUUCUGUCAUAAUUCUGCAGCAUUGCUCGCCUGGUUUACUUAAUAACUUUGCACAUACAUAUGUAGCGCACCAAACACAAAGUGUGAAGCACAUCUCAUUCUUGCACAAUUUCGCUGAGAAAACUCGUGGCCGUAGAGAUUCCGAUUACAUCACUAGCUUGUGCUUCGUACUAUCCCUUCUUGGUCGACGAGCUCUUGGCGCAGCAUCGUACAAUCGUCAUUCAAAUGCCGCUGAGUCGUUCUUGUGCGGAUUGCAUGCAUUGUUCAAGGGCGACUUCAGAAUCACGUGCCAGCGUGACGAAUGGGUGUUCGCUGACAUGGAUCUAUUACGAUGUGUCAUCUCACCAGCAGUAAAGAUGGCAUUGAAACUGCAUCAAGAUCAUUUCGUGGCACCUGAUGAUUUUGAUGACCCAGAAUCCUUAUAUGAUCUCAUCGCCGACCACCAGACCAAACUGUUCAUCUCACAUGAACAUGAUCCUGCCUGGCGCCGUGCAAUAAUUGCAAACACUCCAUCUUUGUUAGCCUUGAGGCAUGUUUAUGACGAAGGACAGGAUGAUUACAAGAUUAUCAUGCUGAAUAGGAUGCAUCUGAACAUGAGGGUGAUCAAGUUGAAUCGAGAAUGCGUGAGAGCUUUUUGGGCUGGACAGCAGCAGGAGCUGAUCUUUUUGAGGAACAGAAAUCCCGAAAGAGGAAGUAUCCAGAAUGCUAGACAAGUGUUGAGGAACAUGAUCAACAGUUCGGCUGAUCAGCCGGUUGGAUAUCCUAUCUAUGUUUCUCCUCUAACCACGUCGUUUGCUGAAACUCACUCACAAAUGGAACGAAUUAUCGGACCACCGAUUACCAUUGAGGGCAUUGGCUCAGCCAUCAGGAGAGCAUGGACAGCGUUACGUGCUCACUUUGGACCAUCCGGAAGUUCCUCAUUGAGAUUGCAAGGAGGCUGUGGUGCGAAUGUACCUCCUAUAGCUCUACAAACCUUGACUGCAGUUCAGUCACAGCAGAAGCAAACAGGCAGUGCUGAAGUUGAUGAGAGAGGAAGCACUACUUCGGCCCAUGUGGAGAAUUCCAUCGUACACAUGACUCCAGAUGGAAGUGCUCGAGUAAUGCUAGCCAGAAGAGUAGGUGGAAGCGGUGAUACCCCUCCAGCCAUCAGCAAAUACUCGUCGACGGAUUCGGUGCCGCAAGGUACUGCGAAAAGGAUAAGCGCUGAGAGGAAGACGGAAGAGAAGGAGAGUGUCGAGGAAGAAGACGUGGAAGAGGCUAGAGAUGUAGGAAUUUGGGUCCGAAUCACGGAUCCGGAACAGGUUUUCCGCUAUCUGAAUGAGCCGCUGAAAUCCACUGGGGAGCCAUUGGUUGUAUGGCCAAGUGAGGAAAUUCGGCAGAUCAGCGGUCGGAAUUGCUGGUAUAUCCAACCCAUGGAAGGAUUUACUGGACGUGUGAUGUUUACUUGGCAUCCAAACCAUCCUAAUAGGAAACUACGCAGCCAUAUAGGAGACGCUAUAUAUCUA